CUUCAGCUCCAACUGAACAGGCACUGGCUAGCAAUUGGGUUCUGGCGUUGGUUCUGUGGGCAAUUGGUCUUCUGUUGUUUGUGGCAGGCGUUUGUGUGGUACUGUGGUUUGUCGUCUUGUUCUGACAAUGUCAAAGGUUCCCUUGACUCAGCUGGAAGAUGUUCUGCGAUUGACAAGCAACUUCGAUUUCUUUGAUUCAGCUGGCCUUGAUCUGGGAAGCGAAGCUAGCAAUGGUGCUGAAAAUGACUUUGUAAACGAUACCAGGGACUUUGCAACCGAAGACUGCUAUGACGAGUCAGCUAUUAUCAGACCUCUCACUGGCUGUGGAAUUGGCAGUGCAAACUUGACUGUGAAUACCACUUUCAGCUCGAAAGUCUCUCCAUCCUCAAACUCAAUUGUCAGAGAUAUUUGCCAUCCAGACAUUGGCAUUCUUGAUAGCAACGAAUUCAUAAGCAAUUCCAUCAACUCCAUGAGCAAUUCCUGCUACAACUAUUCGGUCAGCAACAUCACCAACAACUCAAUUGACACUCAAAACAACACAAUAUCCCCUGCAGUGUUGUUCAUUGACAAUACUGAAAAUUUGGAGUUUUUGAAAUCUUAUAAAUCAGGUAACGACUAUUUCAAAUCGUUUAAAAAUGUCUAUGAUCUUCCAAACUUUAAUCACAAAAAUGUCCAGAGUAAACAAUUGGCCAAACCCAAUGAUAAGCUCAAUUCUUAUCCCAAUAAGAAUAAUCUCGACAAUUCUGACAAAAAAUUUGAAUUUUUCAACCAAGAAAAUGAAAGUUGCAAUUACAACAACUACAAUUAUGACUACAGUUUUAACCAUCAUUACAAUUGUAACUACAACUACAAUUUUAUAGAUUAUGGCUAUAUCAAUGAUGAAAACAACGAUAUUAAUGAAAGUAUCAACAACACUUUUGACAAUACUGGAUACACCUGCGAUCUUACUGACAUUAAUAACUUGGAUAAUAUUUUAAAUGAUACAAAACAAUUAUACUCAAGUGAUUAUUCUAAUCCUUCUAGUGACAUUGAUGAUGAUCAUAAUGAUGAUUACAAUGACAAGUUUAAUUUUGGCGAACCAAAUCAAUUGGAUGACUUUAAGAAUAAUGUAUAUUUUGAAAUAAAUUCAUCUCCAAUUAAUCAUAAUUAUAACGAAAAAUAUUACUAUAAUACUUCUUAUAAUACUACUACUACUACUACUACUACUAAUAAUAAUAAUAAUAAUAAUAAUAAUAAUAAUAAUAAUAAUAAUAAUAAUAAUAAUAAUACUGAUAAUACUGAUAUUGAUAUUGAUAUUGAUAUUGAUAAUAACUUUAGUAAUAAUAGAGACAAUUAUGAUACUACAAUUAAAAAAAACAAAAAGAUUCUAAAGACUGGUAAUCAAAAUGAUAAAUCCAUUAAAAAUGACAAUAAAAAUGGAAAUAGAAAAAGAAAUAAAACUCAAAAAUAUAAAAUAAAAAAUAGAAAUAACAAUAAAAAUAAACAUAAUAAAAAUGACAACAAACAGGUUCAUAAUGGAAAUGAAAAUGAAAAGGAAAACGCAAAUAAUAAUCGUAGUAUUAAGGUUAAGAAUGAAAUUGAAAUUGAAAUUGAAAAUUAUAACUAUAAUUCUGAUUGCAAUAAUGAUUAUAAAAACGUAAAUCAAAUUGAUAUGAAAGAAACUGAAAUUAAAAAUAAAAUAGAGAAAAUAGAGAACGAAACUGAUUUUUUUGAUGAUGAGGAAAAUAAGAUUAAAAAAGAUAAUCAUAAUGAAACUGGGAAUGAAAAAAAACACAAGAAUAAUAAUAAUAACAAAGAAGAAGUAAAAAAGAAAGGUGGAAAGAAAAAGAAAAGACAAAUUGAAAAUAAAAAUACAACUCAACAAAGAGAUGGAGUUGAAGAAUCCUAUUCUCGUAUGCCAUCAGCAUAUAGAACUAGAUCUAAAAUGGUAUUGAUGCAUAAUAAAGUUAAAACCCGUAAGAUUCUCAAUCAAAGUGACAAAGAGCAUUUUAAGAAUUAUUUUGAAAGUUCUGAUACCAACUCUAGCAGUGUUAAUGAAAAUGUAAUUAUCGAGAGAUAUUGUCAUGGAAACUGUAAAAAAAAAAAAUUAGAAAGCAAAUUGGAAAGCAAAUUGGAAAAAAAACUAGAUAAAAAUGAAAAACAAGAAAUUUUGAACAUGAGGGAUUUAAACAGUGAUAAUAUAAUUGAUAAUAUAAAAAAAAGAAAACGAGGACCAAAGGCAAAAAAUAAUUACUAUAACGACAAUUACAAUUACAAUGAUGAUGAGGACGAUGAUGAUGAUUUUUCUGAUUACACAGGCGAUAUCAACAAAUGCUACUCAUUAAGUAAUAAAAGAAAAAAAUUAAAAAAGAACAGGGGACCCAGAUCGAAAACAGGAUGCUGGACAUGCCGGUUAAGAAGAAAAAAGUGUCCAGAGGAGAAGCCAAUUUGCUCGCAAUGCACCAGGUUAGGAUUGAGGUGCGAUGGAUACUCGGAAGAAAGACCAAAGUUCAUGUACGAUACAAAAGAACAGAAAAAGAGAUUAAACGAAAUCAAGGCGCACACAGGGAAGACCAGACGACUCGAAAUCAAGCGAAGACAUGAGGAGAUGAGAAACAAGAAAAGCUGCCAGAGAUAAGCAGUCUGAAACUGUUAUUGCUAUAUUAUAUUUGCACAAGUUAUAUCACACUACUGCACUCGCUACUGACUGUCUCUUUGGGCGCAUGUAGAACCGGCAAAAAGAUGCCUUCAGCCAGAUUCGAACUGACGAUCUCCUCAUUACUAGUGAGGUGCCUUACCAACUUGGCCAUAAAGGCGCCCAUGGUUUCCGGUGUUUCUCCGGAACUAUGGCCCGGAGCUCGUGCAUUUACCGGAACUAAGCAACCUGGAAAUGAGCUGAAGAGCAGCUCUUUUCAUCUCCUUCUUAUUCCUCACAAGCAGCAGAGUCUGAGGUAUGUGAGCUUCGCUGGCUGGUCUUCCAGCUGGAGAACGUGUUUUGUUGUUGUUUCUGCUUCUUUCUUCCUGGGCGAUGUGCGAUGCUGGAUCUGGGCAAGAGGGCCCUGUGACGCUACUAUCUAAACAGUUAUCUCGACACUACUCAACAGUUAUCUCUCGCUGGCAUGCCAUCGUGGGCAGAG